CCCUAAAUCCCUCAUCCUUAUUAUACGAAGCUCGCGGUAUUAAAAAAAUCGCAGGGGUUUUAGCGCUAGGGUUUUAGUCUCCACGCCCAAACCCUAACCCUAACCCUAAGAUCCCCCCCCUCUUAUCUCUUCUCCAAGAAUCGAAGAGGGCCAUGGAUAGGUAUCAGCGAGUCGAGAGGCCUCGGCCCGAAUCCGCCAUCAAUGAGAACGAGAUCCGAAUCACGACGCAGGGAUUGAUCAGGAACUACAUCAGCUAUGCUUCGAGUCUUCUUAUGGAUAAAAACGUGAACGAGAUUGUCUUGAAGGCGAUGGGACAGGCUAUCAGCAAGACUGUGGCCAUUGCGGAGUUCAUAAAGAAAAGGAAUCCUGGUUUGUAUCAAGACAUAUCUAUCAGUUCGACUAGCAUUACUGAUGUAUGGGAACCUAUAGAGGAGGGUCUUGUUCCUUUGGAGACGACUCGUCAUGUCUCAAUGAUCUCAAUUACUUUGUCACCUCAUGAUCUUAACAAGAACUCUCCUGGUUAUCAAGCACCGAUGGUUUUACAUCAGCCAAAAAAACAGUACAGGCCACAGCAGCAGCCACAGUACCAGCAAAGGCAGCAGCAGCAACCCAGGCAAGCGCAUAAUAACGAAGUUGCUGAAGAAGAGUCAUAUGGCCGUGGACGUGGUCGAGGUAGAGGUGGAGGUAGAGGUGGAGGUGGAGGUAGAGGUAGAGGAAGGAGCUGGGGUAAUAGAGGUGGAUAUGGUGGCUAUGGUGGAUACGGUGGUGGUGGAUAUGGCAGAUAUGAGAACAACCAAGGAUAUGAUCAGGGUUAUGGAUACAAUCAAGGAUACACCCAGGGUUAUGGAAACAAUCAGGGAUAUCAAGAAAAUGAUGGAUACUGGAAUUAUAAUCGAGGUCGUGGGCGUGGUAGAGGAGGGCAGAACUAUCAUGGUGCUGGAUAUGAAAGAGGCAGAGGUAGCGGAGGGAGAGGGGAAAUAGAAGUUAUCAAAGGACUUGUAUCGCAAUUGUCUAAAUGUGAGGUGAGCUCUAUUGUGUUGCUAGGGUUAUCUGUGUGA